CUCUUCUUGGUAAAAGGUUCUUGUCCAUUCCUAUAUAGAGGACUACAGAGAAGGAACAUGAAAGCACCACUUCUACUUCAUUUACUUUUCCAAGGUGUUCUGCUGUAUGUUGCUUUGGGAUGGGAAGUGAGAAUGCCAAAACACAUUCACGGCCUCAAAGGUUCCUGUCUGGUUAUCCCAUGUUCUUUCAGCUACACAUCAUACACACCCAAAAAUCCACGUAGAAUUGUGUGGUAUCAGUACUCUAGUGGUUAUCCUUUAGUUUAUGAUCCUUUGCAUCCAAACGAUGUCAUUGAGAAGUUUAGAGGGAAAACUGAUUUAUAUGGUGAUCCAUCAAGUGGGAAUUGCAGUCUGCUGAUACAAAACCUGGAACCGUCUCAUCAUGGAGAGAAAUUAUAUGCAUGGAUUGACCCUGAAAAUGUUGGAAAGGGCACAUACAAAUUUUAUGAAGUCACCUCUACAAUUCAAGUUGAUGAUAGUCCACAGCAGCCCAGCAUCCUCAUUUAUGGAGGUGAAAGGACAGGUGACACCAUCACAGUAGUAUGUUCAACUCUGCACACGUGUCCAUACAGCAAACCAAACAUCACUCUAAACGGUAUAGAAGGAACUGAUCAAAUAGACAAUGAGCAAAUUAAAGACGGCCUGUGGAAAAUCACUCUGACACGCACGGGUGUUGUAAAGGCAGAAUAUUUGACUAUUUGGUGUUCAAUAACACAUUAUGGUGGCAUAACAGUGACAGCUGCACGAAAUGCAAGUUCACUUUGUGUUCAUCAUAAUAUAACGAUUGAGCCUGAACUGGCGGAUGUCACAGAGGGCGUCGCAAAGAACUUCAUUUGUAGUGUCUACCAUUCCUGCCAGAAUGAGCAUUCAGCCAUCACAUGGAACUAUGAAAACAUGCAGGUUUCAGAGUGGAGCAAUAAAAUUUCUGGUUUAAAUCAGGCCGCCUAUUCCAACAUAACCUUUCUGGGUGCAAAAGAAGACCAUGGGAAGAAAUUGGUCUGCACUGCAAGUUUUUCUGGAAGAGACAUUAUGGCAUCAGUUGUCUUAAAUGUGCAAUCCAUUUUCCAUAAUAAAGCAGACCCAGUGCUUGCUGAACUGAAGACUAUUGGUCUUUACAUCCUAACGCCCUCACUUGCGUUCCUCCUCGCUUGCAUAAUUGCCGGAGUCAUCAUAUACAAGAAGCGACAAAGAUCUGUUCCCAGGUCAAAAGAUGCAAUGUCACAAAACAAGCCUUUCUCCAAACCCCGAAUGCCGUCACCAAAGAGUGAUCCAAAGUCCCGCUCUGCUUAUGAUCACGAAGCUGAAUACACCAACAUGGACGAACUCAACAUGUAUGGAAAUAUCUAAUGAAAACAUCAUAAAACCAAAAUGGGCUCAAUAAUUUUAUUUUAUUAUUAUUAUUAUUAUUAUUAUUUUUAAGAUUAACAAUGUUAAACUUCAUUAAUAAUAACAAAACAUUUGUCAUGCAUAUUAAGUGUUCACAUUCAAACAUAAUGUUUUGCUUAAAAUACCUUUAUACUACAUGCAUCUCUUUUUGGAAUUCCAGAUCUAUUCAUGCUGGUUAAGCAAACAACUGCUCUACUUUAUCUAUAUGAAUUAUAUAUAAAAAUUAUAUUGAUUUUGCAAAACUUUCUAUUACCAAAUCAAAUAUGAAUGAAUUAUAUUAUGUUAAGUGACAUUCCAUUUGGAAUUUUUGUUGUCUUUUCUUCUUCUUAUUAUUCUUCUUCUUCUUUUUAAGAUUUGAUUUUGUUUUCUGUCUUGUUUCUCCAUAUUUCACUCGCAGCUUGUGAUAUACUGUAAUAUUGUGAAAUUGUAUAUUUAUGAAACCUCUUAUGAUGGAGCUAAUUGUUGUUAUUAUAUAUGUCUAUAUUGUCUAUUAUAGCUAGUCAUUAUAUAGUCAUACAUAUUUGAUUUCUUUGUCACAAAAAUAUUACAUUUUUCUUACAAUACUGCAUAAAAUUCCGUGCUAAAUGUAUCACACUCAAACAUGUAUUUUAUGAAUACAGCUUUAUGUAACCAGUUAAAUGUUCUCAGCUUGGCUAAGGUUCCACCAAUCUGAAAAUCUAAUACACAAUGUAUAAAUAUGUGACUAUUAAUGCUUCUAAAAAAUAAUAUCACAUGGAGCUAGAUGGGAGACAGCCAGUCUUUAUGCAGUUGCU